AUGGGCACUGCCGCAGGCUGGAAGGGAAAGGGUGGGAGCACGUUCUUUGGGGCUGAAAGAAUCAGGCUGAAAAGUACCCAGGAGAGAAGAGGCCGAUACGCGAAGCAGGUAGCAUCAGAGCAUCAACUAGUGCCAUCGCCGCCCGAAACACCCAAUUUCCUUACCCGUCCCAAGCCCAACAUGGUCAAGGACAAGCUCCAAUCGUCUAGAGGCCUCCGCGUGCCCACCAGCUCUUCCUCGUCAUCUUCCUCAUCGUUAUACGGCACCUCUCCUUCUUCAUAUUCGAGCUCCCCAACCCGGAUUUGCUAUCAUGCCCGAAGUCAAUUUGGUUAUGACGAGAAUGACGAAUUACUCCCUCCGCUCUUGCCCAAUUGUUCUGCCAGCUCCAUACCGGGACCAAGUCCUAUCCCAUGGGGGCGUUCCAGUCCUUCGCCUUCACCAAGAAUAUCACCCGCAGCGCCUACAACGCCGACUAGCCGAACACAAAGCAGUCCGCUCGCGCUACUCCCUAGUAUUCCCAGAGAAUGGGUCCAUCCGAGCCCUUCCCCGUCGUUGAGAUAUGUUUCCAGCGAGUACGAGCCUCGAGAAACGCGAGAAGGUGCAGCCCUACAAGCCAUCUCCUCGAAGAGGGGUUUAUUAUCGAUUCAUGCCAAGGGUGCGAACGAAGCAGAGGCGGGUAAUCUGUGGACCGGACAAACAAAGUGGGAGGUAAACGAAGAAGGAAAAGAGGAAAAGAGAGACCGGGUAAAGAGAGAAGGAGGAUGGAAGCGGCUUCUGCCUGUUUCAAAGAGCAAGUAG